CCUCGCCAGAUCUUGCUGAAGCCUCGCACAGCGUCAGUUCACUCUACAGCCGUCUUCAUUCAAAUGGGAGAUAAGCUCGCAAUGAAGCCUGAAGCCCUGAGAGAGGUGCACAAGACAACUUUUCUUCCACUAAAUUACAUCAAAAAUACCGAGAACUAUGUACUUUACCGAUUCCAACAGGAGGAAUUGCAUCACAUCUUUAACUCAGACCUCAUCCAAGGCAGCACGCUAGUAGACAUCGGCUCUGGUCCGACGAUCAACUUCGUGUUCUCGGCCACCAAGAGAUUCCAAGACAUCGUGGUCAGUGACCUGGUCGAGAGGAACCGGCUCGAAGUGGAGAAAUGGCUCCGGAAGAGCGUAGACUCCGUCGACUGGUCGUUCCGGGCCGAACAUGUCGCCGACCUGGAGGGACAUCGGGACACCAAAAAGGGGGCCUACGAAAUCAUGGAGCGAGCGCGUCGUGCAAUCAGCAAGGUGGUCCCCUGCGACGUCCUGGAGCCGGGAGUGCUUCCAGAGGAACACAGGAAAGCAUUCGACGUCGUUCUUUCGUGCAACUGUUUGGAGGCGGCGACGGCAGACCCAGAGUCGUUCGGGCGUGUACUGGCAAAUAUGGGUUCCCUGGUGAAGCCUGGAGGUUUCCUGGUCAUGGUCGGCACGGGAGGAAUCACCUGGUACGAAGUGGGCAAGGAGCCCCUUCCUAUGAUGGUGCUCACCAUAGAAAUCGUCAAGAAGGCAGUGACGGAUGCAGGAUUCGAGAUCAAGAGGUUUCGCACUGGAGAGUAUGACGGUCCCAUUUUACAAGACCGAGGCAAGCGAUUCGGAUGGGCCCUGGUGGCCCGCAAGCCUUAAUCGUACCCGGGAAGAAAGAGGAGAGCGGGUGCCUCCCAUUACGUGCAUCUUCAAUGUAGGAUUGGACAGUUUUAUGAAUUUGCCUCGUAUAUUGCAAGAUAAAGACCGCCUCAAGCCGUUCGACGACGAUGAUAGUAACGAUGAAGAGGAUGAAUAAUGUCCUUACGUUGAUGCUUGGGGGCUAUGGAAGAAGUAGGUUUUCGUUACAAUAUCUAUAAUAAUUUGUAUUUAUUGACCGUUCACAGGUGCCUCAUAAAAUCGUGUAAAUCCAA